GAGGGUUACGCCAGUUCCAGGCACCAAAACGACAUAGCGCUGUUUAAGUUUAAAAAUAAAAUCAACUGGCGCGCCGGUGUCGCCCCCGUAUGCCUGCCCUCGUUGGACAUGCAAAAGCUGGACCUCACCGGCCGCAAGUCGAUGCUGAUAGGCUGGGGUACCACCAGUUUUGGGGGCAAAGUGUCCAACGAUUUGCGCGAAGUGGACGUCCCGGUGGUGACCAAUAGCAAGUGCUCGGAGGCGAAUGACCAUAUUUUCUCGGGCGCCGACCGCAUCUCCGAGAAGCAAAUGUGCGCCGGUUAUGACGAGGGCGGGAAGGAUACGUGUCAGGGCGACUCCGGGGGCCCUCUACUCGUCCCCUUCAACGAUAGGUGGGUUCAAAUGGGUAUCGUUUCCUACGGUAAUGGUUGCGCUAAACCCCGGUUUCCCGGUGUCUACUCCCGGGUGUCUUAUUUUGUGCCGUGGAUUGCGUUGAAUAUUCAAAAGGAUUUUAUUCAUUUGAAUUAG